GGCGUAGACGGCAUCCGUCGCAUCGAAGAAGCUCCUUGCGCGUAUGUCGAGAAAAACUAUCAAUAACUUUCGGUUGCAACCCUCGAUUGGUUGUCGGUAUGUAAAAUGUGACUGGCGGGGUGAGACGGAAUGCGUUUAGAGACAGUGGCGAUGGUGCGUUUCGCGGUUGAGCAUUGAGUCACUUUUGCGGUUAUGACCAUGGAGGUGGUAGAAAAAUCAAAACGGGAGAAUGACAGCAGCCCAGUUUUAACGGCCGCUUCGAUAACCUGGAACGAGGAAGAGGAGGAGAAAUCGGCUGGCGUGAGUAAUUCGGAAAAAUCGGAAACCCCGAACACCGACUCACCGAGGGAUGAUAACGCCCAGGUAUUCGCCGAGGCUAACGACCCCGCGAUCUGCAGACCCUCCCCGUCGCGCUCGGAUACCCCCGAGGAGGAUGUCGAGGACGAGAAAGGUGUACCCCUAUCCGGACCGGAGGACAGGGCUGUGGCAGACAAUGCCGAGGAUUCGACAACCCCCCGCAAAGAUGACGAGAGUCCGGCGAGCGAAGAGCCGUCGGGAAACGUUGAAAAAUUGACUACAAAAAACGAGACGGGAGAUUCACGGGAGGUUAUCAGCGGGCCUGUUACACCCCAGCAACCCCUGACAUUUACGAUAAACUUCGGGGACGACAAGGAGGUCGACACCGCGCGAUAUCGAAACCUGUUCGAAAGAUACAACGCCAGGCAUAAACGGAACUCGUCAACCUCAAAGGUCGAGGUGAAGAGUAAAAAAGCGCCCGAGGCACCGGUCUUGACGAAACAAAAAACUCCAAGUGCGCACUCCGAAGGCUACUUCAGUAGCGAUCCGGAGGACGACACUAGGCGCAAAGCCGACCAACUGUCUCGGAAACUCAAGCAAUUGGGCCUAAAAUCCGUUUCGAAAGUCCCUGCCGUUCCCGAGAAAUACGACGCGGGGAUCAUGUCUCGAUCGUACUCGGAGCAGUCGACCCGGGAGUCGGAGAUUUUGAUCGCCCACGAAAAAGUCCGGUCGACUAGAGAUAAUCGACGGGCAAAUCGUGCCGAUAUGUCUCUGGACCUUCAUCACCCUGCAAACAACAUCUACGACGGUCAGAAGAGAAGAGUAACGGCGCACAACUCGAGCCUCCAUCAGAACGGCAAGAAUCGUGACCGGGAACCUGAGUUUGUGAAGACCGAUAUGGUUCGACCAUCGAUGCGCGAUACAGAGAUGAGAUACGAGAGGAAUUUCACCUCCGUGAACAAUUCUACGGGCCUCCGUCACCGCGAGGAACGAGACAAUGGCUUUCAACGGUUUGCGGAUCUCGAUGAAAAAUUAUCAAGCGAGAGCUCCGGGUCUGAGCGGUUUUUUAAUUAUGAAAACGCUAAUAUGGAUGAGCGUGAAAUUCGCGGAUGCGGACGGCGAUCUCAUAUGGAUAAUGUUAAUGGUCAGACAAACUUGGAUGCGCUUGAGGUAAGCAAUUUUGACGAGGGUUCCGACGGUGCCGUUAGCGAGGCUGGAACCUACACCAUACACAAAGAUUAUACGGAUGAGGAAAAGGCCAGGAUGGAUAUCGACAGAGUAUUCGGUGUCGGUGUUCUCACGGAAGAAGAAUCCUCUGAGGCGUACGUCCACAGCUUCAAGAUGAGUAUUUCUAGAGACAACAAUUGGAUAUCCGAGUGGGCGACACAGGUCGCAGAACACAACUCGUUACCGUCUGCAAUCGGCGGGAUGGAUGUGAUCUCAAAAGGACUUGUCUCACCACAAAGUCCACAAAGUCCUUCCAAAAUACCCUCGCCAAUUCAUUCUCGGUCCCGGAGGCUGUCCAGGGGUCGUCAAGACCAAAGUGACAGCAGUUUGGAAACGGAAUCGUAUCUUCGUGCAAAAGCUACAGCAGCUGCAUCGCCGUCGCCCCACAACGAUCGGAUUAUUGUUGAUUCAGGGGGCGAGUCGGAUGAUGAUACUAGCCGCAGCCACAACACACCUCCACAAAGUUUGCAGCGGAUAGGUUCGGCUCGUCGUGCAAGUCUAUCCGACAUGAUGUUUGCACGAAACAGUAUUUCCGAGGGGCGACGUAGCGCGAGAGCCUACACUGGAUCUGAGACAAGGCUAAGAAAGGACCGAAUUGUCACUUUACAAGAACCUCUGCGAAGUCCGACACACGUCUUGGCCCGCCUGCAGCUAGGAAGACGUAAUAGCUCGCUUGACAGGAAGGAGUACGCCUCUGACACCCCAGAAUCCAACUGCACUUCUGGUAGAAGCAGCUUGAAAAGCUAUCUGGAUGGCACCAUAGUUCAUCCCGAUAGUCCAGUUCUAGCACGGGUCAGAACGCCUACUGGAAAACUUACCACCAACAGCCCUAUUAUGUCACGUAAAGAAAUUACACCAAUGAGAACCAGUGAGCUUGCCAAAGCGCCACCUCAGGCAAAAAAUAUUGGUUAUUUUACCUGCACGGAAAACAGUCCCUAUAUGCUGCGAAAGUCUCAGAGCACAACAAGUUACGGUCAUCGGGAGGACUUUGGUUACCGAGAUCGAAGUAGAGAAUCUUGUUUAACGUCUGUUCAAAGCUUGCAUCAGAAUAGUCCCGUACCACGACGCAGCAACGAUGUACAAAGAUCUGCAAGCACCGUAUCAGUCAGAAAUCCGCAAGUUACAAAUCUGCUCACUAGGCGCGGCAGCUUCAACAACAACAACAACAACAAUACAGUCAAUGAUAGAACGGCAAUGGCAGCUAUUACGGGGAAAUUUGCCGUCGCAUCAGACAGCAGUAGUGAAGCUGGGGACAAACCAGUUUUGAAAUCACCUGUCCCGCCUCUUUCAUCAGGCAUAAAACUGAACAGAGCAUUUAGUAUACGGAGAGCUAGACUAAACUGCGAGCAUGAAACAACGCCGAAUACUACACCAGAGGAACGACGAAGGAAAGCACAGGUUGGCGAGAUAUGGGGAACCCAGGUUUCGACACCAAGUCGACAGACACCAAACCAUCAUCGUGGGAGGUCUGCUGGAAAUACAGUCUUUAACAGCAAAGAUACAUUCAAAAGACCUGAACCACCAAAACCUAGAGCACCGUCGAUGUCUCGUACCGACAGUGGUAGGAUCAGUACUAGGGCGCCGAAAAAUGUUAAUCAUGUGCAGCAUUUGCGAUCGAAUCAAAAACUGACAAAAGAUGCUCACAAAAAGCCUGGCAGAAGCAAUUCGACCUUGACUUCGAAAGAAGUAGAAUUUCAAAAUUGGAAGAGACGCAAAAGUUAUGAUCCAAUGAAAGCCGCAGCUGAGGGAAAGAAGAAAAUGGACUCCUCAAAAAAGCAGCCCAGUAUUGAGGAUGGCUCUCACGGGUGCGAAAGCUCUGUUCUUAGAUCAGCAAGUUUUCACGGCACAGGGGGAACUCUUUCACUCGCUGCGGAAUGGUCAGAAAAUGAUAACGAAUUCACAGAUUCCAAUGAAUACAUUCGACCUCCUCCCCCUUCAAGCCCUCAGUUGGGAAGUGACAGCGAUUUUGAAACCUCGUCAUAUCUCCGCGCAACUGAAAAUGUUGUGUCUGCAAUGUCAGCACGUAUGAUUGUGCGUCAUCCACCUCUGGUUGAUUCUGGAGGCGAAAGUGACGAAGACACGAGUCGUAGUCUCCAUAGGCCGACGCACAGAGGAUCGCUGCACCUUUCCCGCGGCAGUGAUACCGAAAGUAGUGACGAGCCACGUCCUCCGAUCAUUCAAUCGCCUGUCGCAAACUUGAACCACUCCAAGAUCGUCCCUAGCAUACGUAAAACUCGGACUGGAAGUCGAGAUAAAAAAACACCAAUGUCUCUAACAAAGCCAAAAUCUUCACCACGGGAUGCUAGAGGAAACGUUGAUACAACAAAGGUUGUUGCAAGGACAGAUUCGGGUCGAUUCAGCACACGGGCACCGAAAAAUAUCAAUGUGGUCACCCAGUCAAAGGGAAAAGAUAGUAAAAAGUCUGCUGUCCCAAGUUCGAAAGAGGUAGAAAUGCAGAACUGGAAGCGCCGAAAGAGCUAUGAUCCGAUGAAAGCGGCAAUGGAAGGUCGGCGAAAAGUUAAUCAAACAAAGAGAAGUCCGAACGUGAAUUCAUCGCCAAGCCACGUACUGAGGUCGCAAAGUUUCCAUGGCUCAGUGGGACUUGGUGUAAGUGACUGGAGUGACGAAGAAUUAACAGUUUCGGCAGAUGAGGCAUCUCUGUACUGAAUGAGUCUGAAAAUAACUCUAAAUCAUUACAAUUACGAGACUCUUAUUCCCGUUAGAAACAAAUAACAAAGAUACGUGGUAAGAUAAUGGAUGGUCUUUCGAUUAUUUUUUUCUCUCUAUUUUCGUUUAGACUCAUAUAUUUUCAACUUAUCGAUCUGACGCUUGAAUAAUUUUUUGUGAGCAAUACCAAUGCAAUUAUUUUAUUUACAGAGUAUGUAGCGGAAUAUUAUCUAGUUUAUAGCCACUUACAGUAUCAUACGUUCUUCGUAGUAUGUCACAUCAACUUGAUAUCUUAUUAUCAGUACCUACAUGGUCUUUGAUAAAUGGUGAUUCAUUACUACAAUAUAUCAAUUGACCUAUCGAGUGCGGUUCACUCGUACUUUUUCCGGUUUCGUCUUAUUUCGAAUCUUCACUGAUAAAAUACUCUUGUGUCUAUGACUUAUCAUAUCGAUAUUCGCGUUCGGAAUUUAGGUCUAUAAUGUAUGGUCUUUAAGCGCCGCAUGUCUUGCGCUCAAAUAUAGGUGAUAUGUAUUUCUACACGACUAUUAUUGCAUCUGAAUAUUUGUUCAUUACUAUCUUGUCCAAUCUUUUUUCGACAAUCAAGCGUCUUAAUCGAACAUCAAAGUUCUCAGAAUAGCAUUAACAUUUAAGGGGCAUACAAUUCUUGCUGAACAAAUAGGUAUAACUCACGUCCAUGAAAAUAUUCCAUUAUACGAGUAACAAUUCAACGCCAUGCCUCGUAGUCCAAUUUUUGUACUGAAUCAAUUUAUACAUGAAUUAUUAAGAUGCUUAUUUCCUGUUUUAUACUGUGACAUAUACAUUAACAUUUGUAUCUUAUGGCUCUUCCCAAGUGCAAUACAUUUUUCGCUAGGUUAAUGAAAAGUUGAGGAGAUGAGUGACGGAGAAAUAUAUUUGUAUAUUAGAAAUCAUUAUUAUUCAUUAUGUGGAGAACUGUUUUGAACUUUGCAUGUCAGCAUUGUGUUGCGAAUGAUGGUUUAGUUUUUUCGGGCGACGGUGCAUACAAGUUAAUUACAUACAAUGUUAUUGCCGCUCGUUGAUAGACAUUUGUAUACUAUGUUAAUUAUUGAUAUUGGAAACUCAGUUGAUUUUUUCCAUUAUAAUAGAUAUAACGGAAAAGAAUCUGUGACGUCCGUCCACCCGCCCGAAGACAAACGCAUUCGAUUGAAUUGAAAAUUUUUUAUGUUUCAAUAUUUUUUCUGCGUAUUUUAAAUUUUACGUGUGAUUUAUUCAAAAAAGAAUGUUAAACUUUUCGAGAAUAUGUAGUACAUGUUCUUGUUAUGUCGUCAGAAAAUUUCAGACGAGAUCUAACUAUCAAAGAAUUAGUCUGGCGCACGUACCAGAUGAUGUGAAUUGAGAGGAUAAUCCACUACUAAAACGUAAAUAUUAUAUUCUGAUUAAUCAAAACCAUGUCAGUUGAACGACGGCACGGUGAGACCGUCAGGUUUACAUUCUACUUAACAGUAGUGAAUCUGUCUAUAAAACUACAUAUGUGUAGGUAUUAUGUAUAUACUAGAAUAUGGUCUACUGAUCAUGGGACUUGGUUUAUCUGAAAUGAUAUUUGUAUGUGUAUAACGGUCAGUGAAUGCUUUCAUUUGUAAAGUUGCAAAUAUUAUAUAUCAUAUUAUAUUAUGUAUACAUCUCUGAUAUAUAUAUAUAUAUAUAUAUAUAUAUAUAUAUAUAUAUAUAUAUAUAUAUAUAUAUAUAUAUAUAUAUAUAUAUAUAUAUAUAUAAAUAUAAUAGUAUCAUAGUUCAGUAUAUACUUGUACAAAAACGGCGGAUUAUUAUAAGUAUCAUAAUUCAUACGUACAUAGAGAAUAUUUGUAGAGCAAUUUUUCGGUACGGCUAACAUGUGGUAGAAUAUAAGCACUUAUUUAUGUUACAGUAUGCAUAUAAUAGGUAUAUUAUACAAUGUAUUUACAUUGAAAAAAAUGAUUGUUAGUCCAAUUGAAUAUUUCUUUGCGGGUGGCGAAAUUGUACAUUUUGUUGCUUUUAAUAAAUUUUUUUUUUUUCAUUCAUUUUGAAAGUACAAAAGGCUGGGCGAGUUAAAAAUUUGUUUUUCGUCAUUCGCAAAAAAAAACUUUUCAUUGGAUCAAAUAAGUCUUUCUCUCAAUAUAACUAUGUCGUCAGAUUACUCGGCGCUAAGACAACGAAUGUCUCUCUAAUUCUUCCUAAUCACCGGGCUUCCCUUCAGUACAGAGAACUAGCGGGUCACCUUUAUUGUUACGUCCAACACCACAUUGAUGAUUCGUGCUUUAUUUUUUUAAACGAUACCUGAAACAAAAACUUAUCUAUGCAUAUAUGAAUGUAUGUACAAUAUCGACUCUUGUAUAUUGACCAUAAGUUAAAAACUUUCAACUCUUUUUCUCUCUAUAAAACAAUUACUUCGUAGUCCGGAUCUUCGUUUUUGUUAAGAUAUACUUGCCCGUAUACUGUCCAUGCAUUAUAGAAUAUGCUUGCGAUUUUGUAACAAUCAAAUAUUUUGAUCGCUAAUUUAUUAUUAAAAAAAAAAACACAAAACUACAUUUUUCAAUCCCAAGUGAAAAUGUCAGUGAUUGUAAGGCUAAUAA